AGGAGGGCGAGGUAUUGACGGUGGUCUCAGGUUUAAUUCAGUAAAUACGGAAACUGAAAUGGUUUCUGCACGUGCUUCAACUUAAUUUUCUUCUUUUGAUAAGAAAAAGACUGACAAGCUUAUUGUUUCGUACUUUUCAUGUACGUGAUUGUGAAAUGUCACUUCACGUAUCGCUGAACCUUGGCUGAAAAAUCUAAUUUCCUCCUGAAUGUAAACAUGUGACGCAUGAUUGCAUCUUUUGUUUAGCUUCUGUUUUCGUCCAAUGAAAGGUUCGUCAAAUAUUGAAAGAAGGUUGUAGAGAGUGCAUCGGGAGUACAUUUGCAUCAAGUUGAGUCUUUAAUGCUGUAUUUUUUUAACAUAAGGUUUGACAUAGCUAGUAGGUCACGACCUACCACUGAAUCGAAACCAGACAAAGUUAUUUAUUCGGCGCAGAGAUGGCGAAAGGAAACGGCCGAGGCAUUUUUUCAUCAGGAGGAAGCAAGUGCUGCGGUUGUUGUUCAGGAUGUAUGCGACGAGUUCGCAAAGACUUGUUGCUUGUUCUGAUAAUCAUUGGUGUCGUGAUCGGUUUUGUCAUCGGAACCCUUGUCAACGAACCAGUCAAUAUCAUCGAAGAUAUCGAAGACAAGAAAACCGUGUUGAUGUUGAUCGGAUUUGCCGGCGAACUAUUCAUGAGCAUGCUGAAGAUGCUGAUUCUUCCACUGAUCGUGGCUAGCUUGAUUUGUGCGUUGGCAUCUCUUGACGCGAAAGCUACUGGUCGUGUUGGAAGGCGAGCUCUUGUUUAUUACCUUUCGACGACCAUCUUGGCUGUCAUCCUUGGAAUAGUGUUGGUGGUGGCCAUCAGACCCGGAGAGACCGACGAGGAAAAAACUGGGACGAAAGACGUGCAACCUGUGAGAACCUUAGAUGCUUUUUUGGAUCUGAUCAGGAGCUGUUUCCCUAGUAACAUAGUUGCAGCGACCUUUCAGCAGAAAAAAACCAAAUAUGCAACAAGUGACCCAGUAUAUAAAAUGGAAAAUAAGUCAUUACCAAAUGGAUCAUAUGAAAUGCAGUCUGUCGUGGCCAAGAAAGGUUCCAACACUGUUCCUGAUGGGCUGAUGGUGGACCCCAAGGGAUCACUCAAUGUUUUAGGACUGGUAGUGUUCUCCAUUGUGUUUGGAAUUGUCAUGGGAAGAAUUGGUGAGCGGGGCAUGCCCCUAAAAGCUUUCUUUGAAGCACUUAAUGAGGUGAUCAUGAAGAUGGUGACAUUGGUUAUGUGGUUUUCCCCAAUAGGUAUCUGCAGCCUAAUAGCAGCAAAAGUGGCAGCAAUGGAUGACAUUCUUAAGUCAUUAAAUAUGGUUGGCCUGUACAUGGCGACAGUGAUAGCAGGGUUACUGAUCCAUGCAAUAAUCAUCAUUCCGCUGCUUUAUCUAAUAGCAGUGCGCAAGAAUCCUCUGGGAUAUUUUCUUGGUUUGAGGGAUGCUAUAAUCACAGCAUUUGGAACUUCCUCAAGCUCUGCAACUCUGCCAACCACCAUGCGCUGUCUCGAGGAUUAUAACAAAGUUGAUGCACGCAUCAGUCGUUUUGUGCUGCCUCUUGGUGCAACAGUUAACAUGGAUGGCACAGCUUUGUAUGAAGCGGUUGCUGCCGUGUUUAUUGCCCAGGCCAACGGCAUUACUCUGAAUGUUGGACAGCUUAUAACUACAUGUUUCACAGCCACAGCAGCUUCUAUUGGUGCUGCAGGAAUACCACAAGCAGGACUGGUUACCAUGGUGCUUGUCCUUCAAGCUGUCAAUUUACCCACUGAUGACAUUGGUCUCAUUUUAGCAGUGGACUGGUUUUUAGAUCGUAUCCGCACUGCUGUGAAUGUCAUUGGUGAUGCCUAUGGGGCUGGUAUCGUUGAACACCUGUCUCGCAAUGACCUGAUGUCAAUGGACUUCACUGCCCGAGAAGAGGACAUUCCCCUGGAUCAGUAUGACCGAUACACACCAAAGCCUGAGGGUACCAAUGAUGUACAUGCCAGUGAUGCAUCGCUGCGUGCAACAAACUUCUAAGAAUGCCCUGGCCAAGCAGUACCUGGAUAAUAAGCUUCACUGUAAAAGUUAUAAAUACAGUGGUUAACCUAUUAAAAGUUAUAACUUAACAGUGAAUAUUAUGGAAGAUUUGUUUUGUUCCAACAUAGUCAAAUUUUUUCUAAGGCAAUAUGUAACCCGUUUAACUCCAAAGAUCUGAUUGUUAAUUCUCCCCUCUACCUGCAACACAUCUUCUUGUAAAUUAUUUUCUAGAAGUUGG